GGAGGUUUCACUGUAUCUGCAUUUGCGUAUAAAUUUUUGACGGUUCAGUGUGACUGCACAAACCAUGGUUUGUGAUAACCAUUCGAAAGGCUGCCAUUUCUUCGUCCAUUGGACAUAGCUUGUGCAGUAAUCGAUCAUUUUUGGUUGUAACCAUUUUUAGCUCAAGCUUCACAAACUUGAAGAAGAUUAGAUUGUGUGCGCCCAAUCGUUGCCGAAGUUCAGUAUCUAGAUUGCUACCAAUAAACCAUAAAUUGUCGUACACCGGUCAGUACCGGUGCUAAAAUGUUUCGUGCGUUUGAAGAUGCGGUAGCAGUACUAACAAAGGCAUCAUUAGCGAAGCAAUGGACAACGCGAAAAGACCGGUGCAUCCCUAUUCCGAGGCGAAUGCCGUCAGCAAGUAUUUCUUCUGGUGGCUAGUUGGCCUACUGCGAACGGGACUGCGGAGGCAGAUUGCAGUAGGCGAUAUUUACCGAACACUGGACGAUCAUCGAAGUGAGCGAAUCGGUACACGAUUCCGCGAUAAUUGGCUGCGGCAAGUGCAAUUGCAGCAGCAGGAGAAGCAAAAUAGGAAGAAACCUAUUGGCAGUGAUGGUGGGAAAAAGCGUCCGUGGAGAUUGCUGAGGGUGGUGUUCAAGCUCUACGGUCCGGGCGUGAUUGUCUUUGGGGUGAUUUACAGCUGGUUGGAAUCUGCUUGCAGAAUCGUUCAACCUUUUCUGCUGGGCGAACUGAUUCGGUACUUUGACCAAGUGGCGGCAGCCACUUCGGUGGAAUCGGAAUCUUCUCCGGAACAAUCACAGCCACCAAUUUCCGAAGCGUAUCUUUAUGCGGGUGGACUGGCUCUGACGGUGGUCGCACCGUUGGCCAUUUUUCAUCUCUACCAAUUGUUCCUGCUGCAGGUGGGAAUGAAACUGCGAAUCGGAUGCUGCGCGAUGAUUUAUCAAAAGGCCCUCCAGCUGUCGACGACCCUCUCGGCGGACGGACUCAGCGGUCGCAUCAUCAACCUCAUGUCCAACGACGUCAGCCGGUUCGACUACGCCGUGAUCUUCUUCCACGAUCUGUGGAAGGGCCCCGUUGAGUUGGUGAUCGUGUCGUUCCUGGUCUACCGUCUUAUCGGUCCCACCGGGUUGAUCGGAAUAGCCAUCCUGUUGUUGUUCAUACCGGGUCAAGGAUGGCUGGGCAAGCAGGCGGCUUCGUUUAGGCUCAGGGCAGCCUUGGCCACUGACGAUCGGGUGAAGUUCACCAACGAGAUCGUUCAGGCUAUUCAGGUGAUUAAGAUGUACGUCUGGGAACGGCCGUUUGAGGCGGUUGUGCAGCGGUUGAGACGCGACGAGAUCCGAGCGUUACGAGGAAGUGCCUUUAUCCGAUCAGGACUGUUCGCGCUGAGGAUCAUGCCGAAGUUGUCGAUCUUCGCCAGUCUGGUGGCGUACGUAUACGCUGGAAAUGCGCUGACGGCCGUCAAGGUCUACAUGCUGGUGUCGUUCUUCAGCGUGAUCAAUCACUCGAUGGUGGAGUUCUGGCCGUUGGCGGUGACGUCCUGCGCCGAGGCGUGGGUCUCGUUGAAACGGAUCGAGGACUUUCUCGAUGAGGAAGGUCAAAUGAUGGAUGGGGAAAGGGGAGGGGGAGAAGAGAUGUGUGAGAAGAAGAUUGAGGUUAAGGCGAUGCGAACGGAAUGGGCGGAGUCGAGCUUCCGGAUGCGGUUGGAUGAAUGGAACGUGGGAAGAGGUGAGACUUGGGCGAUUGUUGGGCAAGUAGGAAGCGGGAAGUCUUCGUUACUGAGUUUGUUGAUGAAAGAGCUAUUGCCUAGGGAAGGAUCAGUGACGAUCAGUGGAACGGUGAGUUACUGCUCACAGAAGCCUUGGGUGUUUGAAGGAACGGUUCGGGAGAAUAUAGUGUUCAUAGAACCGUUCGAUGAAAAUCGAUACAAUGAAGUGGUCAGGGUUUGUGCGUUGCAGAGAGAUCUGAUGCUGUGGCCGAACAGUGAUCAGACGGUAGUUGGUGAGCGGGGUGUUAGUCUGAGUGGUGGACAGAAAGCGCGAGUGAAUCUUGCAAGAGCGAUCUAUAGGCGAGCAGACAUCUACUUGCUGGACGAUCCUCUAUCUGCGGUGGAUGCUCAUGUAGGGAAACACAUCUUCGAAGAGUGUAUUCAGGGAUACCUGGCUGAGAAAAUCUGCGUGUUGGUAACUCAUCAGCUACAGUAUCUCAGUGGAAUGGAUCGUAUAAUGAUCAUGAACAAAGGACAAGUUGAAGCCAAGGGUAGUUACGAAGAAGUGCGACAAUAUUUCAAAGAUAUAGUUCAAGCUAAGGACUCUGACGUGGAUGUAACUGAAGAAACGAUCGAGACAGAUCAACUGUUAGAAGAAACCACACAAGAAGGUCCAGCAAACAGCAAAGUGGGCGAAAACCAAAACGAUGGAACCAUUGGAUUCAGGGUAUACAAAGACUUCCUCAAGUCGGUGAACAACGGGUUGUUCGUCGUAUUAGUUGGCUUACUGCUUCUGGCCUGGCAGAUGUCUUCGACAGGCACUGACUACUACUUGCUCAUUUGGGUCAACUGGGAGGAGAAAUUCUCCGGCACCUCAGAUGCAACGUGGACCACAGACGAUCACAUCCUGCUGUACAGCGGACUGAUCGCGCUGACUCUUCUCCUGUCGGUCAACUCGUUCGCCUUCUUCGAAAUGUGUCUACGGGCGUCACUCAAUCUGCACGCAUCCCUCUACCAGGGCAUUUCGAGAGCCACCAUGUACUUCUUCAACACCAACUCAUCCGGACGGGUGAUCAACCGCUUCUCCAAGGACAUCGGCCUGAUUGAUGCCGGGCUGCCGGUGGUUAUGAUCGACAGUUUGUACUUCUUCCUGGAGUUGGCGGGUAUAAUCGUGAUCGUUUCGCUGGCAAACUACUGGCUGCUGGUUCCGACGGCCAUCAUGGCAGCCCUAUUCUACGCUUUACGCUACGUCUUUCUGAAAACGGCGCGGAACGUCAAGCGAGUCGAGGCGAUCACGCGUAGUCCGAUUUUCGCUCAUACAAACGCUACCGUGGAAGGUCUCACCACGGUUCGAGCUUUCGGAGCGCAGCGGCAGAUGCUGUCACAGUUCGACGCCCACCAGGAUCUGAACUCUUCGGCUUCGUUCCUGUUCGGAGCCAUCGCCAGAGGUUUUGCCUUCUGGUUGGACCUAAUAUGUGCACUAUACAUUGCUGCAGUCGUCUUCAGCUUCCCAAUACUGGGAACCGAAAUUGUCAGCGGAAACGUCGGGUUGGCCAUCACGCAGGUGCUAAAUUUAAUCGGCAUGUGCAACUGGGGCUUACGGCAAACAGCCGAGCUGGAAAACCAAAUGACUUCCGUCGAAAGGGUUCUGGAGUACUCCCGGCUGGACGAGGAAAAGGAUACCAUCAAACCAGCGAUGGAAAUUUCGCAAAACUGGCCCCAGAAGGGAAGUGUUGAAUUCCGUAGCAUCACCUUGCGAUACGCCCCGCACGCCGAACCGGUGCUGAAGAGACUAAGUUUCGAGAUUAAGGCGAAGGAACGCAUCGGCAUCGUCGGUCGGACCGGUGCCGGCAAGUCAUCGAUUAUUCAGGCCCUCUUUCGCCUGGCACCGAUCGACGCCGAAAGGGGGACCAUCCUCAUCGACGGGCUCGACACUGGGGCGGUUCCGUUGCGUCGCCUCCGGGCUGCCAUCUCGAUUAUUCCCCAGGACCCGGUCAUCUUCUCCGGCACGUUACGCUCCAAUCUGGACCCGUUUGAGGGGCCCGGGCAGCCGGAUGAUAGCCGGCUUUGGGCGGCACUUGAGCAGGUAAAACUGAAGGACGUAGUUGCUAACUGCUCGGGAGGACUGGACGCCAAGAUGGUCGAAGGGGGAGCCAAUUUCAGCGUCGGUCAACGGCAGUUGAUUUGCCUCGCGAGGGCCAUCCUGCGGGACAGUCGGAUCCUGAUCCUGGACGAGGCCACUGCUAGUGUGGACCCGGAUACGGAUAAACUGAUCCAAUCGACGAUCCGGAACCAGUUUCGAGAUUGCACCAUUCUCACCAUUGCUCACCGAUUGCACACCAUCAUGGACAGCGAUCGGGUUCUGGUGAUGGACGCCGGCCAAUUGGUCGAAUUCGACAGUCCAGCGAAUUUGUUACUCCAACCCAGAGGCUUUUUCCGGAAGCUUUUCGACGAAACCGGAAUGGACAUCAAUGAGUAUUUGGUCAUCCGAAAAAGUUGACAAAUCAAUCACGCCCCGCUAGGGUAACAACAGUUUGUUCAAAUAAAGUUUCCGAUGAGUACCGUCUGCCGUCA